AUGAACUACAUGUACGGCAUUGUGCAGGAAUUACAUGCCGCCAGUGACCUACAUGUACAUGUGCAGAUACCAGAGGCACAGUCUAAUAGGCUGCCGUCGUAUUCAUGUUUAACAUGUGGGAAAUGUUUUACACAGAAAUCAGAUCUUGUUACACAUGAAAGAAUUCACACCGGAACAAAACCAUAUCCAUGUUCAGAAUGUGGAAAAUGUUUCAGACAAACAUCAAGUCUUGGUAGACAUAAGAGAAUUCACACAGGAGAGAAGCCAUAUUCCUGUUCAGAAUGUGGGAAAUGUUUUAGCGUUAAAUCAAAUCUUAGUAAACAUAAGAGAAUUCACACUGGAGCAAAACCAUAUUCAUGUUCAGAAUGUGGGGAAAGUUUUAAAGAUAAACCACAUCUUAGUAAACAUGAGAGAAUUCACACCGGAGCAAAACCAUAUUCAUGUUCGGAAUGUGGGAAAUGUUUCACAGAAAAAUCAAGUCUUGUUAUACAUAAGAGAAUUCACACAGGAGAGAAACCAUAUUCCUGUUCAGAAUGUGGGAAAUGUUUUAUAGAUAAAGCACGUCUUCGUAAACAUGAGAGAGUUCACACCGGAGCAAAACCAUAUUCAUGUUCUGAAUGUGGGAAAUGUUUCACAGAAAAAUCAAGUCUUGUUAUUCAUACGAGAAUUCACACAGGAGAGAAACCAUAUUCCUGUUCAGAAUGUGGGAAAUGUUUUAUAGAUAAAUCACGUCUUCGUAAACAUGAGAGAGUUCACACCGGAGCAAAACCAUAUUCGUGUUCAGAAUGUGGGAAAUGUUUUAUACGGAAAUCGAUUCUUGUUAGACAUGAGAAAAUUCACACAGGAGAAAAGCCAUAUUCCUGUUCAGAAUGUGGGAAAUGUUUUAUAGCUAAAUCACAUCUUGAUACACAUAAGAUAAUUCACACUUGUGCAAAACCAUAUUCGUGUUCAGAAUGUGGGAAAAGUUUUAUAGAUAAAUCCUAUCUUAGUAAACAUGAGAGAAUUCACACUGGCGCAAAACCAUAUUCAUGUUCAGAAUGUGGGAAAAGUUUUAGAGAUAAAUCCUAUCUUAGUAUACAUGAGAGAAUUCACACCGGCGCAAAACCAUAUUCAUGUUCAGAAUGUGGGAUGUGUUUUACACAUAAAUCACAUCUUGUUAAACACCAUAGACGUCACACAGAAGGGAAACCAUUUUCAAAAUAAGGUUUAUUUUUAUGGUUGGAAUUAACCUGCCUCUACCAGACAAUUGCGGUCUAUUUCUCUGAGGUCAAUUGUGACCGAGAUCCAUGGAGGAAAAGUAUUGUGGAUAUAAGGACGAAAAGAAGAGCCUUGUUUAUUUUCAGAGCAGUGAAGAAUUGUCCCCAUGAACCUUGCUUCUUAUGACUGUAUUCACACCCCCACCCACACUGCGGGAGAAUCCAGAGUGACUUGGGGGAGAAGUAACGACGCUCCAUGUAAUCGUUUUAUAAUAUAUGUGGACAUAUCAAUUUUUCAUCUUCAUUCAAACAGUAUUUACAGAUAAAAUAAAAUCUU